AUGGCCAAGUCUUUGAAGGAGCUGGGUGAAAUGAUUCAGCGUUUGGAAGCAAAUGUUCGCGCUGAUAUGCAAGACUUGAAAGGAGAGAUGAGAAGAAUGACUGCUACAGUAGAAAAAGUUAUUAAAAUAGCAGAGUAUGCAAAAGAGGUAGCUGAUGCAAACGUAAACAAAAUAGAAUCUCAGACAAAAAGGAUUUCACAAAUGAACGAUAGACAGCACAGAAGGAAUUUAAAAUUCUCUGGUAUUUCUGAAGAUAUUGGGAAUAAGGACCUAGAAAAAGAGAUGUAAGGACCUAGAAAAAGAGAUCUCUAGAAAAAGAGAUGCUCAAAGAACAAGGAAUUGAAAUUGAGCAGAAUGAAAUUGAGAGAGUGCACUGGGUGUUCACAUCACAAGGAGGCUCUGGACUUCCCAGGGUUGUAAUUAUGGCAUUCACAAGAGAGAAGGUAAGAGAUCAAAUUUAUAAAUCACUCCGGCAGAAAGCAGACCUGCAGUUUAAACAGCGAAAGGUCAUAGUGAGACAAGACAUUUCUCAGGAAACGCUUCAAGAUAGGAAACGUAUGCAGCGGUUUGCACAAGCUCUCUACAAUCAUAAAAUCCUCUUUACCUGGGCCUACCCUGCUACACUGUUGGUUUUUAAAGACAGUAGGAAAUAUUCUGCUAAGAACCCUGGUGAAGCAAAAAAAAUGCUAGCUGGUUUAGGAGUUGGACUACAAGGACAGACUGAGCAAGAACUCUCAAGUUGGGAAGAAUUACAGGGAGAGUCGAGUGAAGAAUCUCCAAAAUCUCCAGUGCAGAGACAAGAGAAUAAAAGAAGACGGAAGUCGAGAGGGGAAGGAAGCAGCAAGAAAUAA